CUGCAGGGAGAACAUUGUGCCAUGCAGACAAUUGCACAACAGCAGGUCCAUUUGAUUAUCAGGUUAAAGCGAUUAUACAAGGAGAGCACAGUGUCAGUCCAUGAAGCAGUGUUGUUGCUGUUGUAUCUGUGCGAUGCACCUCAGAGUCGCACCCUAUAGGCACCCGGGGGUCAGUGGGAGGUCUGGGGUCGGACCACACACUGUGACACAGCACUAUUUGGGCUUCACACGCUCCCAACUCUCAUUUUGCAGCUGAUGAGUGUGCGAUUGUGACGCAGGCAACAUGCAGAGACCGGGAAUUGUCGGAGUCGCGCUCAACCACCAGGACACAGCGUUUAACACGCUCAGGGCUUUACAGCAGGACCGGCGAUCCGAACCCUGCGCUCUCAUAGCAGAAGUCAACCUGCUGCCCAGCACUGCAAUGAAUGGCGAAUGUGCCGGGGAAGGUGCCAGCUCGGGUCGCACCAGAACAGCCAGGGAAAUGCAGGCGGACUCUACCAACUCCUCAAGCCCCGCGACUGUCAGCGCGUCCAACCCACGAAGGACACCCUCUUCAGCAGGGAGUAAAGGCCCUACGCUGGCGCAAAUGGCAUCGCAGAACCGACUGUCCAGGGUCACCAACUCCACCGCGCAGCUCUUACUGGUGGAACAGAACGUACUACAGCACCUACCGCCCGAGCGCCCCCUCCUCAUUCAGCUCAAGGAUAGCAUUGAGUUCAGAAACAUCUGCACACACAUGGCUCUUCAGGUGGAAGACCGGAAGUUUGAUAAGGAUGUGAGUGAGGCCCAGCAAUGCUUAAGGACAAUCAUCACUGAUCUGAUCACUGCCCUCUCCGCACUGCAUCUGGAGUUUUGUGAGGCAGCCACAGAGGAUCUGCGCUCCAUACUGAAAAAUCUCACCGAGACCUGAGCAAAUAAUGGACGGGUUGACAGGACAUUUGAGAUACAUAUAGGAAGCCAGGAGUUGGUGUGACCAAUGCAAUUCACUGCACACAAGGAACAAACCAUAAAAAUGGUACAUUCUUUUGCCUGGGCAGUUCAGGGACAAUAUGGCUUCUCUAAUGUCCGUAAUAAGACUGUGGACAGUGACAAACUGGUGGACAUGAAUUGCCCUGUUUGGCAAGAAUUUAUCCUUUGUCCUACAUAGCACAAUCAUAUGGCAUGUGAAUAAUUAUGCUAAGUAAACAGUCAGGUACAUUUUAUUCAAUCAAGAAUCAGGAUGUCUGCUCUGGGGCUGUCAGCUGCUAAUAGGCGUUGUAGAGCAAUAACAGCUGUAGGGUGGACAGUACAUCUGAAUCUAAAGGUCUAAGCAUGGGCCUUAAACGUCAUGAGCAUAAAAACGAAUGUUAUCUUUUAAUUGCUGUCAGUAUUAUCCAUUAUAUCAAUCUGUUAACUUUAUUUGAAAUCCUGUUAUGUGAAAAUUUGGAUUUGUUUUCUUUUGAUUUGCACUGACCAUUUCCCUAAAGUUGGCCAUACAUGGAAAGAUCCGCUUGUAUGGCGAUUUAGCCAAACGAGCAGAUCUCUCCCUGAUAUGCCCUGAUAUGAUAUGAGGUGGGCAAUAUCGGGAUGAUCCGAUGGUAGGCCCUAGGGAACGAACAGAUGUGGCCGCGAUCCAACGGGAUUUUUAGUCCCGUCCAAUCGACAUCUGGCCAACUUUUGGCCAGAUGUCGAUCGGGGAAGCCCGUCGGAGGGCCCUAUACACGGGCCAAUAAGCUGCCGACUCGGUCUGUCGGCAGCUUUUAUCGGCCCGUGUAUGGCCACCUUUAGGCUGAUAGUAUUAUUUUACUUCUGUCUCAUAAUCAUCCAUGUUGAAAUGAUGGGAUUCGAUUCCAUCUGCUUUCAAGAGAAUCUGUGCAGAGCCCACCAUGUCUCCUCCUGCCAGCCUAACCCUGCCUCCAAUUGCCCCUUCCCCAUAGAAUGUAAUGCAGGCAGUAACCUAACAUUUGAACUGUUAUAAAAUAAACCCUGGUGGUGGGGAGUACAGUGCGCACCCCACUCUACAACAAUCGUUUUUUUACUGCUGUGUAGCAUCAUGGGCAUUACUUUAGCAUUCAUUUCCUGUAUUUGCCUUUAUAUAUGUCACAUACACGGCUGCUACUCAUUUCAUUUAUAGGGCCUGCAUUCACUGCAUAUUAAUGUGUGAUGACCCCAUCCCAUCCAGCAAAAAACAGCAGAAGUUGCGAUGCCUCUUUCCACAUGUCACUUCUCCUAGUAUUAUUUAAAGAGAUACUGACACCAGAAAAAAACACCUUUUUAAUAUCUAUCAUAACAUUAUGAUUGAAUGCUAUUUAUAAUUUGGCCAUAAAUGUAUUUGCCUGAUGCUUUUACAUUACCUUUCCUACCCCCUUUUUUACCUAUGAGGGAGCUGCCAUAUUUGAGCUUCAACAGUCUGUUAGCAUUAGAAACUCGAAGGGUUGUGAAGGGACAGUCAGGUUGGCAAAACAGUCAGGUUUAGGAACUAAACUAUCAGCGAAAAACGAUCAACAUGACCUAUAGGUAACUUUUCAUGUAGAUUAAUACUUUGAAAUAAAAUAUCACUUUAAUGGUAAGCGCUUUGGCUGAUGCACACAGAGAGGUGACAUGGGGACCUCUGCACAAAAAUGCUCACUUGAGUUAAAAAGGCUGUAGUAGUGUGUGUGUCUGUGUAUGUGUGUGUGUGUGUGAGCUUCUGGUUCCAUCAUAAGUGCAAUAUUGUAUACAAGUGUUUGGUGCUGCACCCACUUGCCCAACCAAUUUAUUUUCCACCCCCAUGGAUACCAAGCCAAAAGACUCAUGGCACACAAGGCCUGUAGUCUAGCACAUGUAUUUGUUUUUUGACUGAAAACAGACUGUGUUUUCAGACCAUGGCUAUGGCAGUAUCAUGCAUUGUGGUUACAUAUCCUUAUAAAUGCCACCCAUUGAUUCUCUGUUUCUGAUACCAUUGUUAUAUUGUUUGUUUAUGAAAUGUUUAUAUUAUUACCACUACUCAUGUCUGUUUACAAUGUGUUGCUUAUAUUGUUUAUCCUUAUGUUGUUGCUUAGUUGCACACUCACAUAUUUGGGCCCCAGGCUUCCUGUAUUGCCCCUCUUCUUCCCCCAGCAGUGCCUACUGUUGUAGGAUGUCUAUGGAUAACUGCUCCUUAGGGACCAGGAAUGGAUCUGUUAUCCAGAAAGUCCCAUAACGGGAAGGCCUUCUCCCAUGGACUCCAUUUUAAUCAAAUAAUUUGGUAUUUUAAACAUGUCCUUUAUCUCUGUAAUAAUAACUCAGUACCUUGUACUUGAUGCUAACACUGAUAUAACUGAUCCUUAUUAGAGGUAAAACAGUCCUAUUGGGGUUCUAAGA